GUGCUGGUGUGUGACAACAGGGAGGCGGCGCAGUGUUCCAGGAAGACCAAGGCGAGCAAAGGCACGCAUCGUCCCUGUGGCAACAACAUGCAGGAAGCCUGGCUGGGACCAAGAGCGAAGCAACCUCCUGGACCGUGCCUGAGGUGAAGGUGACGUCGGAGCUGGGACCCGGCAGGUGUGUGUGGCUCUCUGAAACUGCCCACUCUCACACACCACUGGGAAAUAACUGUGAAGCCUUUGUGCAUUAAAAGGAAUGUGUUUCCAAGUUUAAACACUUUGCUGCAUCGAAGUUUCGACAAGUUUUAUGGGUAAAAAUAACGGCCGUACACACAUAAGGGUGAAAUGACCAUCACAAGCUCUUGAAGUCAGCGUUAGUUAUUAAAUGAUACUGUAAUAACAACUUUUCGUUGAUUAGAAACUAAUGAAUAUAAUAAUACCCCAAAGAACUAGUAAUGUAUAAGUGAAAAUCAGGAAAAUUUCAGUAUUGAGAUCAUAUUUCAGUAGUCAGUGCGAGGCAAGCAAGCAUGUGUGUAACAAUUUAGGCACCCGUCAGGAAUGUUGGAAAAUGUCUUGGAAGAAAACAGGAGAGACAAGAAAAGUGAGUUGUUGGGUGAUGGGGGAGCAAGAGGAGAACGUGGGAAGCCCCAGUCCCCUGCGCGGCCUACCUCGCACUCCUCGGCCCACACUACCCGUCAUACAUAAGCACGUGAAACACGAAAUGGCAACAUUCACGUGUGUCCUUUUCAUCCUCUUUUGUACAGGGGAGGGCCACGUCCAGGAGGGCCGCGGGCCGCACCUACAGUACCACUCCGCCACGCUACCCCCUCCCUCGCCGCCCCAGCUGGACCCCUCACACUCCGCAGACGUCACCGCCCUGGCUGGCAAGACGGCCAUCCUCAACUGUCGCGUGCACAACGUGAACAACAAAACGGUGUCUUGGGUGCGGCACCGUGACAUACAUCUGCUGACGGUGGGCCGCUACACCUACACGUCCGAUCAGCGAUUCAGGGCGCUGCACGAAGAUGACUCCGACGACUGGCUCCUCAAGAUAAACUACGUGCAGCCUCGUGACUCCGGCGUGUACGAGUGCCAGGUCUCCACCACACCCCCGAUGUCGCAUUUCAUUCGCCUCAGAGUCGUUGAGCCGCACACACACAUACUGGGCGGACCGGACCUGCACGUGAACACUGGCUCCACCAUCAACCUGACCUGCUUGGUGGAGUACAGUCCGGAGCCACCAGACUUCAUCUUCUGGAGCCACAACAACAAGAUAAUCAGUUACGAUUCGAGCCGCGGCGGAGUGACAGUGAUUCUGGAGAAGGGGGACCUCACCACCAGUACUCUGCUCAUCCAGAAGGCGAGGGGCUCUGAUUCCGGCCACUACGACUGCAGCCCAUCCAACGCCGCCCCAGCAAACGUCACUGUGCAUGUUCUAAAUGGAGAGCAUCCGGCGGCGAUGCAGCACGGCGGGCAGAGUGCGUACACCAACUCUUCUCUCGGCAAUAUCCUCUUCCUGCUAGUGCUGUUAGCAGUCCUGCAGACCACCGUCAAGUAGUACAGCGGGCCACAGUGAUACUUGCUGUCCAGCAUCAUAACUGUGACUCUUGGUAAAUCGGGGAUGUUUCACAGUGUUGUUCUGCAAGGCCACGAAGCAGUGAUUGCACCCGCCUUCAACCACCGAUAUGCCACAAAACACGAACAAUAAUAUAUAUAUAUAUAUA